AUGAGGGAUUCCUGUUCUCCCCAGAUGGACUCCGAGAGCUCCCAGCCAGGGGAGCAAGACAUGACAGAGGCAGGGCCUGAGCAGGAACUUCGGUGGGUGGAGCUGGGCUCAGAGGAGGCCCUGGAAGCCAGGACAGAGGGCCCCAGUGCCCCGCAAGCCUGGGGGCUCCUGCUGCAAGCUGUGUGGAGGGGUCACCUGGGCCUGGCAACAAAGCUACUGCGUCAAGGGGCCAGUGUGGAGGAGAGGGACCACACGGGCAGGACACCCCUCCACCUGGCCGUGCUGCUCGGCCACGUGCCGCUGGUGCGUCUCCUGCUGCAGCGCGGGGCCGCGGUGGGAGCUGCCGACCGAGCGGGGCGCACGCCACUCCACGAGGCCGCCUGGCACGGACACUCGCGGGUGGCCGAGCUCCUUCUGCAGCAUGGGGCCCCAGCGGCGGCGCGCUCGGGGGCCGGCCUCACGCCGCUGCACUGGGCCGCGGCGCUGGGCCGCACGUUGCUGGCCGGGCGCCUGUUGGGCGCGCCGGGACCAGGUCCCACGGCGGCGGAUGCGCGCGGCUGGACGGCGGCACACUGGGCGGCCGCGGGCGGCCGGCUGCCGGUGCUGGAGCUGCUGGCGGCGGAUGGCGCGGGCCUGGACGGCGCCCUGAUGGUGGCAGCCGCGGCCGGGCGCACGGCGGCGCUACGCCUCCUCCUAGCUCGCGGGGCGCGGGUGGACGCCCGCGACAGCAUGGGGACCACGGCGCUCGGCAUAGCGGCGAGCCUGGGCCGCAGGGAGGACAUGGAGGUGCUGCUUGACCAUGGGGCAGACCCCAGCCUCAAGGACAGGCACAGUCGCUCUGCACUUCACAGGGCUGCUGCUGGGGGACAUCUACCUGCUGUCCAAUGGCUAGCAGCCUGGGGAGCAGAGGUGGAUGCUCGAGACUCAUUGGGCCUCACACCCCUACACCAUGCUGCUCGGGGAGGCCACGCAGAGGUCGCCAGCCACCUCCUAGACAGGGGAGCGCAGGUCAAUGCUGCUGGAUGGCUCCACAAGACCCCCCUACACCUUGCCACGGAGCAUGGCCAUGGCCCCACCGCAGAGCUUUUGCUGAGCCGAGGGGCUAGCCUCACCCUGAGGACACAAUGGGGUGAAGCGGUCCAGGACCUGGCGUCCGAGGGGGUCUGCCCCAGGUACUGCCCACCCUUUGCUGAGAGCAGGAGUGGGAGGGGCACAUAG